AUGCUGCCAGUCCUUCCAAGCAACUGUAAUGACGCUGCUUUGUUACAGAAGGAUAAAUGUAGCCAAACGGUAUUUCAGUGUGUGCAGUUGUCACACUCAUGGCUCAAUUGGAUGUCAUACAAUGUUCUGACACCAAACAUUGGUCUGCAUGGUGCUGCAGAUGGUGCAACUCCAAGCACACCUGAGGAAAUCGCAGGGUAUCUUCAGUGCUGCAAGGAUGCUGGGGAGCUCGCAUCUCUUGCCGCUGCUAUCGCUGCAUGCUCAGAACUUGCUAACAAGUGUCCAGCCCCUCCACCCAUGGACAACAGCAUUGUGCCGUUCUCAACAGGAUCAUCCUUUGUACCCACGCCAGCAGAAGAGCUGCUGAAGAUGGCCCUUGCGGAGGCAUGCGUGGUCUCCGUGCAGGAGAGCUGCAAGAGCAUUGCCCGUGGCCUGACGCAGGACAGCGUGUUCACGACCAUCUACAACACCUCUUGCGCUGACACACUGAAUUUUGGUCCCGCUGUCCCCGUCAUCGGCUGCGAGAACCUGACGGUUGCCAGCACGCUGUUCGAGACCGCCGUGGCGGACAUCUGCGAGACGGAAGUGGACUUGGAAGACGUCAUGGCGUCCCUCCAGGAGGGCAUGGAGGAAGACGGCGGUCGCUGA